CCCACCUCCCCCCCUGCAGAUUUCCUGACCCAGCUACACCCAGCACCACCACGGGAAACCUGCUAGCCUUAGUUUGAUCUUUUAUCUCUCUGCAACAAUCGGACUCUGGAUUGCGGAUCUUGCCUCCUCUGUCUCGCCCCGCCCUAACGCCCACUCCCUGUGGACCUGGUCAGUGAUCGGGCCCUGGAGUCCUGAGAGGACGUGCAGCAGGUGGUGUGUCUGUGGUGCUCUCCCAUGCUUCCAUGUAAGGGGGCUGGGUCCAGUUCCUAUCUCAGAAGCAUCCUCUAGACCAAUAGUCUCAAUCUGGACUUAAAUUACAGGAUCAUCACACGCUUGUGGUGUGCAGGAGCUACAUAUUUAUGCUCACGGCAACUUUGCUUCCACGUUUCGGAAGGAUUAACUACAUUGUGGAUUUAACGUUUUGUUUUUUGUGAGCACCAUGACUCUGGCAGUCGAAGGUACAGUAUCUACACACCACUAAUGCGUUCCUCCACCACCACCAUGGUUAUUGAGAGCAGGGGCGGAGAGGCGGCCUCAACCUCUGCACGCAGCUCUAAGAGGACUAUGACGGAUGACCUCUACACGACCUUCAGCUCGCCUAUGGCUUGGAUCCUGGUUCUGGCCCUCAUCAUCACCUGGUCCUUUGUGGCUGUGAUCAUGUUAGACCUGGCUGACUACAAGAGCCUUUCAGGUGCACCCCCACCUGCUGUCAGAAAAGCUCUGAAAGAUGGAGGCAGGUCUAGAGGUAGUCUCCACCAGCUCAGCACAGACCCCAUGAAGGUGGUCAACAAGGCCGUGGUGGAAUCCACUGGUUGGCUUAACAUGCUGCUGACCUUCGCAUCCAACCUGGUAGCUCCCGAAGAUGAAGAGAGUAACCUAUAUGCAGUGCGGAAAAAAGGAGAUUUCCUUCCGGCCCGAAAGAAAGUUGUAGGGAUGGAGCCACCAAAGACUGAAGUGUUAGAGGAGGAAGAGGAAGCAGUGGAAGAGGAGCUGGGGACAGAUUCUGAUGAGGCAGAGGCUGAGGCAGAGGAGGCAGAAGAAGAGGAGGAAGAGGAUGAGGAGGAAGAGGAGGAGGAAGAGGAGGAGGAGGAGGAGGAUGAGGAGGAGGAGGAGGAGGAGGAGGAAGCAGCCACGGCAGAAGCAGAUGACGAUGACAGCGAGGAUGAAGAUGAUUCUGCAGCUGCUGAUGCAGAGGAAGAGGCUGAUGAGGCUGAAGAAGAGGAGGCAGCUGCUGAUUCUGAUGAUGUGGAGGUUGAGGAGGAAGGAGAGGAGGGAGGAGAGGAGGCACCUGCAGAAGCAGAUGAUGAUGAUGAUGACGAUGGGGAAGACGAAGAGGAAUCUCCUGCUGUCGCUGCCGGCAAUGACGACGACGAUGAUGACGAAGCUACACCAGAGGAAGAGGCUCCAUCUGUGGAUGCUGUCAUUGACCAAGAUGAGGAAGAUGAGGAUGUGGCAGAUGUUGCAGCAGUUGACGGGGCGGCUGAAGAGGAUGAAGAGGAGGAGGAGGAGGAAGAACAUGCCUCUGCAGCCAAUGAAGCAGCUGAAGAGGAAGAGGAGGCCGUUGCCGCCGCAGCAGAUGACAAAGUGGCUGCAGAAAAAGAGGAAGAGGAGGCGGAGGAGGAAGGAGGAGAGAAGGAGGAAGAGCCUGCUGAAGGAACUGCUGCUGCCGAGGCCGAGGCCGACGAUGAUGACAAACAGGACGAGGUGAGGGAAGCAGGAGAGGCUGUUGAAGAAUCGCCUGCCCCUGCAGCUGCUGUUGCCGAUGAGGAGGAUGAUGAUGAAGAGGCAGAAGCAGGAGCAGCAGGAGAAGUGACUGAUGAAGAGGAGGAGGAAGAGGAUGUUGAAGAAUCUCCUGCCGAUGCAGCUGCUGUUGAGGAAGAUGAUGAUGAAGGAGACAAGGCAGAGGCAGUUGCCGUGGGGGAAGUGGAGGAGGAGGAGGAAGAGGCUGUUGAAGAAGCUCCUGCUGAUGACGAUGACGAUGAAGACGAAGAUGACGAGACCGAAGCAACAGCCGGUGAUGUAACUGAAGCAACGCAGGAAGAGGAGGACGAGGCUGUUGAAGAAUCUCCUGCCCCUGCAGCUGCUGUUGCCAAUGAGGAAGAUGAUGAUGAGGAAGAUGAUGAGGCAGCUGCAACUGCACCUGGAGAGGAAGAGAAGGAGGUGGAGGAGAAGUCUGCUGAAGGGGUCGCAGCUCCAGGUGUUUCUGAAGGAGACGAUGAAGAUGAUGAAGAGGACGCUGGGGAGCCGGCUGUUUCUUCUGAUGACGAUGAAGAAGAGGAUGCUGGGGAGCCGGCUGCUUCUUCUGAUGACGAUGAAGAAGAGGAUGCUGGGGCGCCAGCUGCUUCUUCUGAUGAAGAUGAUGAAGAGGACGCUGGGGAGCCGGCUGUUUCUUCUGAUGACGAUGAGGAAGAGGAGGAGGGCCCUACUGUCAGGGAUGCUGCUGAUACUGAAACAGACGAUACUCCGGUUGAUGGAGAGGAGGAUGAUGGGGAGGAAGAGGGUGUUGACGCUGGUGAUGAUGUCAUCGCUGACGUGGACUCCAUCGCUACCACAGUCCCUUCUGAAGAAGAUGAUGGUGAUGAUGAUGAUGAUGUUGAGGAAGCUGACACAACACAUGAAGGGGCAGUUGUUUCUUCCUGUGAUGACGCCAUGGCUGCAGAACCUGAGGAUGAUAAUGUGGAUGAGGAAGAUGAUGAAGAGGAUGUCCUUUCAACUGAAUCGGAAAAUGAGACGCCUUUAGCUUCCUCUGUAACUGAUGAUGAUAAUGAAGAUAUUACAGACUCAUCACCUGUUGACAGUGUAGCUGAUGUUAGCUCAGAUGACACAGAUGAUGAUGAUGAUGAUGAUGAAGAUGACAAAGUUAGCGAUGCAGACAGUGAGGACAGUGGUAUCCUUGACAGUGGUGAUGCUAUUGCUGAGGAUGAUGGCGAUGAUGAUGAAAAACCACAAGAGGCAUCAGAGGCUGCAGCUAUUGGUGACAUCCAAGACAUUUCAGAUGAGGAUGAUGGUGACGAUGAUGAAGUUCUCAGUCUGGAUCUGACCAACGAAAAAGAAGACCUCGGUGAGGAGAUGGUGGAAACUGACCAAGAUGAUGACGAGGAUGAGGAAGAUGAUGAAAUCCAAUCAGACACCGUAAUCAGCACCUCUCCUGACAACGAUGAGGAUGUGGAUGAUGAAGAUGACAAUGAUGAUGAUGACGAUGAAGAAGAUGACCUAACCUUACCUCUGACAGAGUCCAGUGAGAUCGCUGUGGACGACAGGAUAGAAGACUUAGAGCAGAAGAUAGAAGACAUUGAGGGGAAGAUUGUGGAAAUCGAUGAAAAGAUUGUAGAUAUCGAGGGGAAGAUUGAAGACAUUGAGGGGAAAGCAGUGCACAGUGAAGAUUUACUGCUUACUCAAUCAACGGUUACCACGGAUUCAGAGACCAUAGAAGAAGAAAUACAGGAUAAGGAAGAAGAGGAGGAGGAAGAUGAGAAUGUUGUCAUACCAACAGACAAGCCUGAAGAGAUGGCACCUGCAGCCAAGACUGAACCCACAGUUUGCACAUGUUUGGCACCAGAAACUGAAGAGGCAGUUAAACCUGUGGAGCCAAAAGAACAUCUCAAGAAAAAGAAGAUGAAAGUCGAAGCUCCCAAGAAGGCUCCUGUUGUGAGAACCAGGAAAGAGCGCGAGGUAAUGAGGCAGAAAGAGGUGAAGACGAGGAAGAGAGACAUGUUCAUGAGGAGACUUGACACGGAGGAGAUAGUCAAGAAGAGAGAACCAACAGUUGUCCGUAGGAGGGAACUGAAACCCAAGGCCACAAAGAAAGCUGAGGUUGAACCCGCAGAAGAUGUGACAGCUUCUCCAUCGGAAGCUGCUCCUUGUCGACCUACGCCUGUUUACUACCCAGCGCCCCCUGGAUGGUAUGUGCAUCACAUAGUCACAGAUACUCCAUACCCACCCCCGGCAGCCAUGACAGGAUCACAUCCUGUCCAGCAAGCUCCUCCCAUGCAGCCCUUCCAGUUCUCUGAUCCUCCUCAGCCACUGGCUCCUGCUCCUGAGACUGAGGCUGAAGCCCCUGCCCGAGCCCCUGUCCUUGCCCCAGCCCCAACCCCAGACUCAGCCCCAGACUCAGCCCCAGCCCCAACGAAAGCGCCAGUUCCUGUGACUAAAGCUGAAGAACAAGAAGUUUCUGCAGAGAAGCCGAAGGCUGCGGCUACAAAGAAAGCGGCUAAGGACAAGGCCAGGGCCGCACCUGCAGAGCCGGGACCUGCGGAGACCAAAGAAAAGAGCAAACCAGCAGUCGUAGAGAAAGAGGCUGUUGUCGCCAAAGAAAAAGUCAAAACUACAGCUCCCAAGAAAGCUUCAGACGUUGCUGUCUCCAAGACCAAAACAAAAACCUCUACUGAGCAGAAAGUUUCUAUGGUGAAAGAAGAGAAGCCAGCCAAAUCAACUGAUCAAGCUAAAGAGAAACCAAAAGUAGCAGACAAGAAAGUCACAACCAGACCUACUGCAGCUAAGACACAACCGCCUGCUCAAGCUUCCAAAGCUGAGAAGACAGAGAAGAAGCCUGUGAAGGAGAGUAAAGAUGUCGCACAGUCGGCUAAAGCCAAAGAGCCUCAGGCUGAUGAACAAGUUACAGAGAAGAAGAAGCCAGGCCAGAGAUACUUCCAGUGCAUUUUCAUGGGCGGAAAAAAUGCCCAGUACCCUCUGCGACCUUUCACUCCGGCCAUGCCUCCAGUCAUGCCCCCAGCUGCCAUGCGGGCCAUGAUGGAUCAGCACAGAGCUAGAGCGGCGGGCCAGUAGGCCAACCCCUGACCCCUGACCUUUGCAAUCCGCACAGCCUCCAGACAGCAUGGGGUGCUGUCUACAUUCACCACUAUGCUGCAAGGUUCUUCAUGACUCCUCUACAACAUCUGAGGACGGCUAAUGACUAAAAGAAAAAGGAGGAUGAAGGACAGAGCUGUUCUAUUUAUUUAUUUAUUUAUUCAUCCUUUCAGCGGUCAAACUCCCGAGCAAUUUGAGGUCUGUUUAAAGGUACAGUCCGCUGUUUAGUUUCCCUGCUCUUUUAACUGGUUUAAGCAUUGUGUUUUCUGGCCUGCUCCUGUCUUCAGUACUGUAUGUGCUCUUCUUCUCAAUUCGUAUUUAUAGUUGUUUAAGGGUUGUUAAAAAAUGGUUUAACAAUUUAUUUGUCUCACUAUUAACAUCUUUUGCUUACAUCGUUAGCAAGCAAUAGAGUGGACCCUUUACUUCACUUUAACAAAGCAAAAUGUGUGUCACUAAGUUGAAAUACAAUGUACAUUGAGACCAUGUUGAUAUUGGAAAUCACAGUUUACAUUUUUGCGCACUCUUCUACUAUCAGGCAUCCUUCACUAAUCAUUUGUUGUAUAUUUAUUAUGACAUUCAAGUGCACUAUGAAUCAUUUAAGCACAUAUUUUGAAUUAUUUAUUUCACAUAGAGUAAAUGGAGACAAGGAUCUUCAAAAUCCUGAAUUAAUUCGAUUUACUUUCCCCUGAAAAGAAAUGAGGGCUUUUAUUCAGGCACCCUGUCUACCAGGGUCGGACUGGCCGUCGGGAGAGUCGGGAGAUUUCCCGAACGGCUGGUCAAACAUAAUGCAA